CUCGGCCACCACUCAGCUGCAGACAUGAGUGACCAAAGAGUAACCUAUGCAGAACUGAAUCAGGUUAAGGAUGCAAAGAGACAGCACAUGAAACCUAAGGGCACUAGAGGCUCCAUUCCAGGAACUGAGCAGGAACUAACCUAUGCAGAAUUAAAUCUUCAAAACGCCUCUCAGGAUCUUCGAGGGAGUGACAAGAAUGACCACUGCAGAGCAUCCCCAUCACCUCCAGAGAAGCUCAUUGCUGGGAUCCUCGGGGUCAUCUGCCUUGUCCUGAUGUGCGCUGUGAUAGCAAUAGCUGUUAUUCACUCUCUUGCAACACCAAAGAAGAACUACUCCUCCCCAAUAACAAAGAUCCAGAAAGCAUAUCAUUGUGGUCAAUGUCCACCAGAGUGGUUCACAUACUCCAACAACUGCUAUUACAUCAGCACUGAAGGAAAAACAUGGAAUGAGAGUUUGAUGGCCUGUGCUUCUUGGAACUCUAGCCUGCUCUAUAUAGAUAAUGAAGAAGAAAUGAAGUUUUUGAACAUAUUUGAAAUAGUUCCAUGGAUUGGAUUGACCCAGAGAAAUAAUACUAAUUCUUGGGUGUGGACAAUUGGCACAACUCUCUCUCCUGAACUGUAA